AUGGCGAAAAAGCCGCGGCGUGGAGCGUUCCCGCGUCCUGAAGGGCGAGCAACUGCCGUGUCAGCACCAUUUGUCCUGAUCGUCGAAGACGAGGUUGAUAUCGCCAACCUCAUCGAUUUCCAUCUCACCCGGAACGGCUUCGAGACGAAGAUCGCGCCGACCGGUGAAGAGGCCCUGAUGCAGGUGGAGCGCAAGCAGCCCGACCUGCUCAUCCUGGACAUCAUGCUCCCGGGUGUGGACGGGCUGGAGGUCUGCCGUCGCAUCAAGCGCGAGCAGGCGAAGAGCCACAUCCCGAUCAUCAUGGUCUCGGCGCGGGGCGAGGAGUCGGACGUGGUCGUCGGCCUCGAGCUCGGCGCGGACGACUACGUGACCAAGCCCUUCUCCCCGCGGGUCCUCCUCGCCCGGGUGAGCGCGGUGCUCCGCCGGCACGAGGUGCAGGCGGACCAGUCGGAGAAGAUCCUCGUCGCGGACGGCAAGAUCGUCAUCGACCCGGCGCGCCACGUCGUGAGCGUCGACGGCGAGCAGAUCCAGCUCACGCUCACCGAGUACCGGCUGCUCCACUACUUGUCGACCCGGCCCGGCUUCGUCCGGACACGCGAGCAGAUCAUCACCGCGGUGCGCGGGGAGGGCACCGUCCUCUCGAGCCGCGCGGUCGACGUCCACAUCGCCGGCCUCCGCAACAAGCUGGGCGACCUUUCGAACGUGAUCGAGACCGUCCGGGGCAUCGGCUACCGCAUGACGGAGUCCACGACGGUCACGACGCGGUCCCUGUUCUGGACCCUCGGCUUCGCGCUCAUCGCGGUGCAGAGUGUGGCGAUGCUUGCGCUCGCGUGGUUCACGCUCGGCCGCGUCUCGGGUUUCGCGCGCGAGCAGACGCUCGGCCACCUGACCUGGGUCGCGCCGCUCCUGAAAAAGCCGUACGCCGAGCUGCUCGCCGGCGGCGCGUCGCGCGUCGAGAUCGACGCGUUCACCAAGCGGGUCGGGCAGGAGAUGGGCGUCCGCGUCACCUACAUCGCGCCGGAUGGCACGGUCCUGGGCGAUUCGCACCACGACAUCGAGUCGAUGGACAACCACGGGACGCGCCCGGAAGUCCUCGAGGCACGCGAGCGGGGGCGCGGCGCCGCGACGCGCUUCAGCAACACCCUCCAGUUCGACUACAUCUACACCGCGCAGCGCCACGAGUCGCCGGACGGGGAGCUGCUCGGCUACAUCCGCGUCUCGGUCGCCGAGGCGAGCGUCAGCGGGCAGGUGAACCGGCUGCUCGUCGUGCUCAUCGUCGUGAUGCUCGCGGCCCUCAUCAUCUCGUUCCUCGUGGUGAGCCUCAUCUCCCGACGCAUGUCGCGCGCCGUCUCGAACCUCGGCUCGGUCGCCACGGAGUUCGCCUCCGGACGGAUCGCCGCGAAGCAGAUCGAGGCGCCGGGUCGCGAAUUCCGCGAUCUCACCCGCGCCCUGAACCACAUGGCGCGUCAGCUCAAGGAGCAGAUCGAUCAGCUCGAGACGCAGCGCAACGAGCUGGACGCGAUCCUGCGAUCCAUGGAAUCGGGCGUGAUCGCGCUCGACCUGGACCGGCGCGUCCUCCGGCUCAACAAGGCCGCUCGCCGCAUGCUCGGCAUCUGGGACAUGGACGCCCGCGGGCGGCUCAUCGAGGAGGUCAUCGACCAGCCGGCGCUCAUCGACUUCGUCAAGCACGCCCUGGCCGAGGACGGCAAGGCGAGCGACCAGUUCGAGCUCUACGGCGCCCAGCCGAUGGUCGUCCGUGUCGUCAAGCGCUCGCUCACCGACGCCGAGGAGCACCUCACCGGCGUCGUGGUCAUCAUCAACGACAUCACCCGCCUGAAGCGUCUCGAGGGCAUCCGCACCGAUUUCGCCGCCAACGUCUCCCACGAGCUGCGCACGCCGAUCACGAAUAUCAAGGGGUACGUGGAGACCCUCCGCGAGACGAGCCUGGAAGACCCCGCGCAGUUCGAGUCGUUCCUGGACGUGAUCGACCGCAACACCGGCCGCCUCGGCGCGAUCGUGGAGGACAUGCUCGCGCUGACCCGGAUCGAGCAGUCCGACUCGAUCGAGGAGCUCGACCGCGAGCCGCGUCAGAUCGCCGAGAUCGUCCGGACCGUCUUCACCCACCUCGAGCCCGAGGCGAGCGACCGGGAGAUCCGUCUCGAGCUCGACGCGGCCCCGGAAACCUCGGCGUUCGUGAAUUCGCCGCUGAUCGAGCAGGCGAUCAUGAACCUGGUCUCGAACGCCAUCAAGUACACCCAUCCGAGGACCGCGGUGCGGGUUAUCGUCCGCCGGCUCGGCCCGCGCCACGAGGAGGCGGGCUCGAUCACCAUCGCGGUCGAGGACCGGGGGCCGGGCAUCGCGGCCGAGCACCUCCCGCGGGUCUUCGAGCGGUUCUACCGGGUCGAUAAAGCCCGUUCCAGGGCCGUCGGGGGCACCGGCCUGGGUCUGGCGAUCGUGAAGCACAUCGCGAUCGUGCACGGCGGCCGGGUCGAGGUGCAGAGCGAAGUCGGCUCUGGCACGACAUUUACGAUCAUUAUCCCGCCGCUCCCGGAAGAAGCCGAGAUUGUUUCCAUGUCCAAGCUUCCCCGCCUUUCGUCCAUGGCGAAGAUCGCCGGCCUCGGCGUGCUCGCCGCGGUCGCGACCACGACGAUCGCCGAAUCCGCCGCUCCGCUCAAGGGCACGAUCCGUAUCGACGGCUCAUCGACCGUCUUCCCGAUCACCGAGGCGGUGGCGGAAGAAUUCAUCAACACCGAGGCCCCGCGUGUCCGCGUCCCCGUCGGCGUGUCCGGCACGGGCGGCGGCUUCAAGCGCUUCUCGGUCGGCGAGACCGACAUCUCCGACGCCUCCCGUCCGAUCAAGGACAAGGAGUACAAGAUCGCGAUGGAGAACGGCGUCGAGUUCAUCGAGGUCCCCGUCGCGUACGACGGCCUCUCGAUCGUCGUCAACAAGAACAACUACUGGGUCGACCAGAUGACCGUCGACGAUCUGAAGAAGAUCUUCCUCGACGGCAUGAACGUCACCCGCUGGUCCCAGGUCCGCCAGGGCUGGCCGGACAUCGAGAUCAACAUCUACGCCCCCGGCACCGACUCCGGCACGUUCGACUACUUCAAGGAAGUCGUCGCCGGCAAGACCGGUUCCAUCCGUUCGGACAUGUCCGUCUCCGAGGACGACAACGUCCUCGUCAACGGCGUGACGGGCUCCGAGGGCGCCAUCGGCUUCUUCGGGUGCGCGUACUACUUCGAGAACCAGGACAAGCUCAAGGUCGUCCCGAUCGUGAACGACGAGGGCGAGGCCGUCACCCCGAACAACGAGACCAUCGAGUCGGGCACCUACAACCCCUUCUCCCGUCCCCUGUUCAUCUACGUGAAUAAGAACUCCCUCGACCGUCCCGAGGUCGCGGCGUUCGUCGACUUCUACCUCGACAACGCGGGUGACCUCGCCGAGGAAGUCGGCUACGUCCGCCUCCCGCAGGUCAUCUACGACCGCGCCCGCACCAAGAUCGCCAACCGCACCACGGGCACGCACUACCUCGACAGCAACAUGAAGAAGAUCCACGGCCCGCUGCCCGCGGCCGGGCGGCGCCGGAAGGCGCCAUCCGGCUUUUCCGGAAAGGGCGCCUCUUCAAAGUCGUUCACGAUCGAGAUGCCGACGGGGCGUCUGCGCUCGAUCCGGGCGCGGCGGUCGAUCGAGACAGGCGUCAUCGGCACGCUCGUGCUCACCGCGGCGUUUUCGGUCGCGACCUCCUUCGCGAUCAUCUGGGUCCUCUUUAGCGGCGCCGCCGAAUUCUUCGCGUUCGAAGAGAUCACCUUCUCCGAGUUCGCGACCGGCCUGAAAUGGAGCCCGUUCCUCGGCGCUGAGAAGUUCUUCGGCAUCUGGCCGCUGAUCUCGGGCACGGUGAUGGUCGCGCUGGUCAGCGCGAUCUUCGCCCUGCCCCUCGGGCUCAUCACCGCCGUCUACCUGAGCGAGUACGCCCCGAAGAAACUCCGGGCGUUCCUCAAGCCCGUGCUCGAGGUGCUCGCGGGCAUCCCGACCGUGGUCUACGGCUUCCUCGCGUUGACGGUCUUCACGCCCACGGCACAGGGCAUCAUGAAGUGGUUCACCGGCCUCUGGAUGGAGGACGGCGUCCAGGUCUUCGAUUCGUACAACAUCUUCGCCGCGGGGCUCGCGGUGGGCAUCAUGUGCCUGCCGAUCGUGACCUCGCUCUCGGAGGACGCGCUGCAGGCCGUGCCCCGCUCGCUGCGCGAGGGCGCCUACGCGAUGGGCUCCACGAAAUUCGACGUGUCGAUGAAGGUCGUCGUCCCGGCGGCGCUCUCCGGCGUCGUCGCGGCCUACCUCCUCGCCAUCGCACGGGCGGUCGGCGAGACCAUGAUCGUGGCCCUCGCGGCCGGCGGUCUGGCCCAGCUCACGAUCAACCCCGCCGAGCCGUCCCAGACGAUGACCGCCUACAUGGUGCAGGUCUUCCUGGGCGACGCCGGCUACGGCACGCCCGAGUAUUACUCGACGUACGCGGUCGGCGCGACGCUCUUCAUUAUGACCCUCGGCCUGACGCUCAUCGGCGGGCGCGUCCUCAAGAGGUACCGCGAGUUUUCCAAGGCCCGCAACCGGCGUCGCGUGCGGUUCGACGCGGGGUUCAAGAUCUUCUGCCAGGUCUGCGCGUGCAGCUCGGUCGCGAUCCUGAUCAUCCUGCUCAGCGCGAUCCUGAUCAAGGGCGUGAAGCACCUCGACCUGGACUUCCUCACGAGCUUCCCCUCGCGCCACGCCGAGAAGUCCGGCGUCAAGGCCGCGAUCUUUGGCUCGUUCUACGUCCUCGUGGUGUGCGCGAUAACCGCCCUGCCCCUGGGAGUCGGCACGGCGAUCUUCCUCGAGGAGUUCCGCCCGAAGGGGAGGUGGUCCAAGAGGUUCCACAGCUUCAUCGAGGUGAACAUCCGCAACCUCGCGGGCGUGCCCUCCAUCGUCUACGGCGUCAUCGGCCUCACCGUCUUCGCCCAGUUCUUCAACGUCUUUUCCAAUCUCGGCCCGGACGACUGGGCCUUCAGCAUCGGCGACUACGACUCGUUCUUCUUCAUCGGGUUCCCCUUCAAGCGCGGCGCCCUGGCGGGCGGCCUGACGCUCAUGCUCGUGAUCCUGCCGGUCGUGAUCAUCUCCGCGCAGGAGGCGCUCCGGGCCAUCCCGGAUUCGCUCCGCGAGGGGGUCCUCGCCCAGGGCGCGACCCGCUGGCAGAUGGUCUGGAAGAUGACCCUCCCCAACGCGAUCCCGGGCAUCAUGACGGGCUCGAUCCUCGCGAUGAGCCGCGCCAUCGGCGAGGCGGCGCCUAUUCUUGCCAUCGCGGGCAUCGUCUACAUCAGCUACACCCCCAACAACGUCUUCGACGAUUUCACCGUCCUCCCCCUCCAGAUCUACAACUGGGCCGGCAAGCCGCAGGCCGAGUUCCACGCGGUCGCGGCCUCGGGCAUCAUCGUCCUGCUCGCGAUCCUUUUCUUCUUCAACAUGACCGCCCCGAUGACCACGCCCUCCGAAGUGCAGCUCAAGAGCAUGACGGCCGAAGAGAAGUCGCAGAUGGCCUCGUCCAUCAAGGCGACGGUGCCCCAGUCCAUCACGGACAUGGACACGGCCAUCCGCGUGCGGGAUUUCAACUCGUGGUACGGCUCGUUCCAGGCGCUGAAGGACAUCAACCUCGACAUGCCCGAGAACAACGUGACGUCCCUCAUCGGGCCGUCCGGCUGCGGCAAGUCGACGUUCCUGCGGUGGAUCAACCGCAUGAACGAUCUCAUCGACGGUGCCCGCUGCGAGGGGCACAUGGUGCUCAAGACGACGGGCGAGGACCUGCUCGAUCGGAAGCUGGACGUCGUCGAUCUCCGCCGCCGCGUGGGCAUGGUCUUCCAGAAGCCCAACCCGUUCCCCAA